AUGUCUGAGAACAUGGAGAUCAUGCUGGAAAAUAACACCAACAACCGUGGCAGAAGACUAUCCAGGCAGCAAGCCCUAAUAAUGAUUUCGGCUGCCUCUCUGAACUUUAGCUCCAUGCUGUGUUACUCCAUUUUGGGACCCUUCUUUCCUCAAGAGGCAGUGAAGAAAGGUGUCAGUGACACAAUGGUCGGCUUCAUAUUUGGCAGCUUUGCAUUGUGCAAUUUUUUAAGCUCACUAAUACUAGGAAAAUAUCUUGUUCAAAUUGGAGCAAAGUUUAUGUUUGUGGCUGGUUUAGCCACAUCUGGAGUUGCCACAAUUCUUUUUGGAUUGCUCGACAAAGUAACCGACAGAACAAUAUUCAUAGCAUUGUGCCUUUUGUUGAGAUGCGUGGAUGCUGUGGGAUUUGGUGCUUCAACAACGGCAUCAUUUUCUGUUAUGGCGAAGACAUUUCCUAACAAUUUGGCCACUGUAUUUGGCUCUCUUGAAAUUUUCACUGGGCUGGGUCUUGUUUUGGGUCCUCCAGUCGGUGGAAUUCUCUAUGAAACAUUUGGAUACGAAGUUCCAUUUAUUACAAUUGGCUGUCUUAUCUUGUUAAUGAUCCCACUCAAUAUCUUUGCCUUGCCAAAAUAUGAUGAUUUACCCAGGAAAAAUUCUUUUUUGGCUUUAGUCAAGCUGCCAAAGCUUAUUAUACUGUAUUUUACUAUAUAUUCAUUGGGUGCAUCUUUAGCAUUUUUGGAUCCAACCAUGUCCCUUUUUCUUAUAGAAACUUUUAACUUGAACGCCAGUUAUGUUGGCUUAGUUUUUCUCGGACUUGCUUUAUCGUAUUCACUAAGUUCACCACUUCUUGGAGUAGUAAGCGACAGAUGCCCUGAAUGGAGGAAGCGUUUUAUCAUUUUUGGCAACCUUGGUAUUGCAUUGUGUUUUUUUAUGUUAGGACCUGCACCUAUAUUCCACAUUGAAAGUAAAUUGUGGCUGUUUAUCGUUGUAUUAGUGUUGGAUGGAUUCUGUAUUGGUCUUUCUGGUUUGCCAAUCUAUCCAGAAAUGCUCAGUGCAGCAUAUGAGAAUGGCUUUGAAGAAGACCUUAGCACCUUGGGCUUGGUAUCUGGACUGUUCACUGCAGUGUGGUCAACAGGAACAUUUGUAGGCCCAACACUUGGCGGAUUUCUGAAUGAAAAGUUCAAUUUUCAGUGGGCGGCUGCCUUUCAAGGCAUUGUGCCUCUAGUGUCUUUUGUGCUGAGUUUAACAUUUUACUCCUGGGAGGCAAAGAUAAAGAAAAAAAGGUCUGGUUUAUCGGAAACUAACAGCAUACUUCAAGAAAGGGAACCUUUGCUUCCAAGAGAAUAA